UUGACUUCGGCACUUGUUUAUAGUUAUAAAUAGAAAUUGUUAUUCUACAUAUGCCCACAAUUUAAUGUUAUUUUCCUAUAGUUAACCAUGAUAUCUGCAUCGAGACCGGUUACUUUAAAUUAGUCAUUCGUCUAAUAAAAAAUUACGAAGGCGUCAUUCUGCUGAAUGUGGUUUUAAUGUAUACGCCACACGCUAGUUGUAGCUUAUAAAAAACAGGGUGAAAUCAUAACGUAACGAAACGCCGGACUCUACGGACGACCCCUCUCCAGGAUCUUUACAAUGUUCCGGACUACUUUGGCUGCGCUUAUGAUGUUGGAAAUUUUGACGGGCUUGUCAAUAUCAGGGACUCGCAUUGCAGAACCAUCAACAGCUAUAACUAUAAGUCGGCUGGGCAUACCGGCAGGUUACAAUCCCUCGCCGUUGUUCAAGAAGUUCGGAACCGGAUAUUACUAUAUACCUGAAGCGGGAUUCGUCACCUGGUACACGGCUCUGCACAAUUGCCACAGUAUUGGUGGCCAUUUAAUAAGCCUGUCCAAAAUAGAAGCUCUUCACGAAUUGAGUAGUUAUAUUAAAAAUACGACACAUUCCACAAAUUAUUGGCUGGAUCUCACCGAUCUCGGCAAAGAAGGCCACUACGUUUCCAUGUCCAGCGGCAUGCGGCCAAGCUAUGUGGAUUGGUGUGACAAUGAAGAGCCAAUCAAUUCAAAUACCUACGAAAAUUGUGUUAAUAUCGAGAAUACGAAUUCGUCCAGGCCGUGCAUGAAAUCACUUUCUUGUGAUUUCCUUAGGAGCUAUAUUUGUCAAUCGCAUACUCCCAGAACAAUCUCAAUUGUGGUUUUGUAAAUGUUUUAUACUUAUAAGUAUUAAGCUAAGUAUUUGUU